AUGCAGUCACUGCGUCUCAGAAAGAUACCUUGCUACCCCUCGUCCUUGCGCCGUUCUCUUCACAUGUCUACUCGUCUCCUGCGUCCUUCAUCAGGCGCACCUACUAAGCCCCAUAGCGCAGACAGCUACUUCAAAGAUGUAGACGAGACACCUCCGCAAGACCCCACAAUCCACCGUGUCGAUGCCGCAUCAGAGGCAGCGCAGAGUUCCUACGAACCGCCUUCAGGGCAGUGGAAUCAGGCGGGGGUCGGUACCAGCGAGUACGAACAUGUUAGCAAAGACGCGCCGUAUGACGUGUCACCUAACAACGGUCAAGCAAAGGAGAAGAACCUGCGGUAUGGUGGCACUGAGAGAUUGGAUGCUGAGACUAGUCGUCCUGGGGAGGGUCCAGAGGGUCAAGCGAGGGAAGGACGCAAACCAGAAUGA